UCGGAGGAGCGGAGAAACGAUGGCGGUUCUCUCAUAGAGUUUACCAAGGCAAAGUUUAGCUUCUCUGAAAAAGUAUUUGAAUCUAAGCGAGAGGGGAAAAGCCGUCAAUUUUUGGAGUGCUGGUGAAUGACUAAAGUGCGCACUGGACUGACUGCGAAGCGUUUACUGCUGUGCGUGCGCGCCCGUGACGUGUCCUUGGCGACGGCAGAAUUUUGGGAGCCGCAGUUAGUUACUAGUUUGUGAAUUUCGGAGAGAGCUAACGCGUUAGCACGGCUCUUUAGCCCGCUAGUGUAAAGUGUUUCAACUAAGUUUGCCAGAGAGUGUCUAUGUGGAGGAGUUGUACAUGUAGACACGCAAGGUAAUUAGUAAUUUAUCUUGGGGAGUGAAAUAAAUCGUGUGUAUAUUUAGCUUGAUUCAUUCGCUUGGGAUGAGCAGGUACUUUGCACCUGUAGCCUUCACGUCUUGAAAACUCUCUUGACUUUCCCGGUUGGGUAUGUUGUUUACCUUCAUUUUUACAAACAUUAAAUUCGUUUGUACUUCUGGUUGCGCUGAAAUCGACAGACUGAUCAUGUAGCUUUUACUCUCAAAAGUCAACUAAAGAGUUAGCGUUGCAAAUAUUCCGGCUAAUGCUGAUGUCCCAGCUUCAGAGACACUUCGCACUCCCAGACUGGUUAUCUGGCUUGCGUGGAAACAAAGCAAUGCGUCUCUUAACCUCUAUUAAGCCGGAUUUAACUUGACCGACUCUCCAUUAAUGAUAUAAAGUCACCUGGCUGGGGUUCUUAGGAACUUUUUUGUGUGUACGUGUCAUUGAGGAAUACGACUACUGGACCAGUUUACUUAGAUUUGACAUCACGGCACCCUAUGGUGCUCCUGCAGGCACCGAGACAUGGAUGUUCCCCAGGCCGUUUUCCCAAACGGUGAGGGGCGCAUGAGCCUCCAAGACCAUGUCUGGACGGAGUCCUCCAACUCGGGGGUUUGGGCUCACUCUGCCCCCGUGUGUCCCCGCUCGCUCUGGACCGCGGUGUUUGACUACGAGGCCAGCGGGGAGGACGAGCUCAGCCUGCGGCGAGGAGACGUGGUGGAGGUCCUGUCUAAGGACGCUGCUAUCUCGGGAGACGAAGGCUGGUGGACUGGUAAAAUUAACCAUCGCGUGGGCAUCUUCCCAUCUAAUUAUGUUACUUACCAACCAGUCAUUUAUAGAGCGGUAGGGGCUCGCGAGAGUGACCCGUCCGCCCCUGUCCGGAUACCGUUUUCUGAACUUGUUCUACAAGAAAUCAUCGGCGUCGGUGGUUUUGGCAAAGUCUACCGGGGGACCUGGAAGGACCAGGAGGUCGCAGUAAAGGCAGCUCGACAGGACCCCGACGAAGACAUUAAAGCGACUGCGGACAGUGUUAAACAAGAAGCUAAACUUUUUUCGAUGCUUCAACAUCCUAAUAUUAUUAAACUAGAGGGGGUGUGUUUGGAGGAGCCUAACCUGUGUCUGGUCAUGGAAUAUGCCCGAGGAGGGACUCUCAACCGCGCUUUGACGGGCAGAAGGAUCCCCCCUCAUAUCCUAGUGAACUGGGCCGUCCAGAUCGCCAGAGGCAUGCAGUAUCUCCACGAGGAGGCUGUGGUUCCCAUUAUUCACCGAGACCUCAAAUCCAGCAACAUUUUAUUACUUGAAAAAAUUGAGAAUGAUGACAUUGGUCGAAAAAUCCUGAAGAUUACUGACUUUGGCCUGGCCCGUGAGUGGCACAAAACGACCAAAAUGAGUGCAGCUGGCACUUAUUCCUGGAUGGCUCCUGAGGUCAUCAAGUCCUCUCUGUUUUCCAAAGGGAGUGAUGUCUGGAGCUAUGGAGUCCUCCUUUGGGAAUUACUGACUGGAGAGGUUCCUUACCGUGGCAUCGACGGUUUGGCAGUUGCCUAUGGAGUGGCUGUCAACAAAUUAACCCUUCCCAUUCCAUCUACCUGUCCCGAGCCUUUUGCCAAGCUCAUGGAGGAAUGCUGGGAGCAGGAUCCCCACAUCCGCCCGUCCUUUGCUUCCAUCUUGGAGCAGCUGACUGCCAUAGAGGAGGCUGUGAUGGCCACCAUGCCGCAGGACUCCUUCCACUCAAUGCAGGAGGACUGGAGAGUGGAGAUUCAAGAAAUGUUUGAUGAGCUACGCACUAAAGAAAAGGAGCUCCUUUCACGUGAGGAGGAGCUGACGCGAGCAGCCCUUCAGCAGAAGUCUCAUGAAGAGCUGUUGAAGAGGAGGGAACAGCAGCUGGCCGAGCGGGAAAUUAAUGUGCUUGAGCGUGAGCUCAACAUCAUCAUAUUCCAACUCAACAAGGACAAGCCCAAUGUUAAAAAACGAAAGGGCAAGUUCAAACGCAGCCGCCUCAAGCUCAAAGAUGGCAACCGCAUCAGCUUACCCUCAGAUUUUCAGCAUAAAAUCACAGUUCAGGCCUCUCCGACUAUGGACAAGAGAAGAAGCCUCAACAGCACCAACUCCAGCCCCCCCAGCAGCCCUACACUGAUCCCUCGCCUCAGAGCCAUUCAGUUGAGCCACCCAAGUGACACUAGCCGAAGGGGCAGUAUGUUUGUGUAUCACCAGGAUGUGGAUAUCACAAGCGAGUGUAAACCUCCUAGCGGGUUUAGGAAGAAAGUGACCCUGGAUGAGAGCAACAGGACAUGGGGUCGAAGCACCAAUUACAAACCUGAGGAGUUUGAAGAUGUUAAGAAAGGGUUUAAGAAGAAGGGCCGCACAUGGGGACCAAGCUCUGUGCAGACCAAGGAAGGAGCAAAUUGUACUGAAAGAGUUCGACCUCUUUCAGAUGGAAGCAGUCCCUGGUCCACUAGUCUUAUGAAGGCCCAGAAAUCUGUUCCAUUGGCAGCAUUAUUUGCGGAGCAGGGAACCAAUAAAGAUGAAGUAUGUUCUGCUGAUGGAUCUGACAACAAACCAAAGCAACUGAAGUUCCCCAACCAGGUUUAUAUUGAUCUACCUCUGUGGAAAGAUGAACAGGGAGAGAGCCAGGGGCCAGCUGGUGGAGGUGAGAGCCAGGAAGACCCAACAACAUCCACAAGUUCCACCAGCACCACACCGCAGCACACACCCACCAACAGCCUGAAGCGCACCACCACACGCCGGCGCACAGAUGCUGUUCUCUAUGGCUGUGCCUCCAUCCUGGCAUCUGUCGCAUUCGGCUUCGACCUGCGGGGGGUGUGUAAGGGUGCUGCUAAUGAGGAACCAGAGCCACGUGAGGAGAAGAAAAAACAGGGCCUGUUUCAGCGUGCCACUCGCUUCCGCCGCAGCACCAGCCCCCCUGGUGGCCGCUCACGCAAGGAUGAGGUUACCGCAGGACCCGUAAACCUACUCGCCAUGUCAUCGAUUUCUGAGUGCAACUCCACCAAGUGCCUCCUGCAGUCAGAUUUUGAGGGGUCUGGGUAUAACCCACUGAACGAGACUCCAGCUAGCAAUUCCCAGACACAUCAGCAUACAGGCACUAGUGAUGUUCUUCCCUCUGCCCCUGUACAAGAUCAUACUUCUGGAUCCAACUCUCGACUUAGGAGAAAGAAGUCCAGCCCUGCUGUGUGUCAGACCAUUAAUGGCAACAGUAACUUCCAGGCCAGUCCACCUGAUUCCUCUACCACUUCCCUGAAAAAGAAGGCUGACAGAGAGCCUGCUCAAGAGAAGCAAGCCUCCGGGGAGUCAGUAUCUAGACCCAGACCGCUUUCCCUAAGAAGCAAACCUCACUCCUGGGCUCUUCUAAAGAGCCGAAAUAAGAGCUAUUCUCUCGGGCACUACUCUGGGGAGAAGAGUGCCCAAAACUUGGACAUGGUCCCCCCCUCAGAGGUCAAAAUGGGCUGCUCUUUGCUGGAUAUGGACACAGAGGGUCAAAAACGAGACUGCACAGUUCCCCUCUGUCGAAUACAGAGCACACCAAGUCGACCGUCUGUCUUCGAACUGGAGAAGAAGUUUUUAUCCUGAAAUAAGCUGCAUCUGGAACAAUCUUUUGUCUUGAAUCUGUCUGUUCAACAUGACAUUUAGUUGGUGUUUUUUUCCCCAAGAUUAACAUCAUGGCCUUUGAUCAAUAUUUGAGCCAUUGCUGCUGGAGAUAUUCUGUGGUACUUUUAUUUAUAUGCUGUUUACUUUGAUAUGUAAUUUAAUAUGAAGUGACAUAUAUGAAGUGAAUGAUCAGCAUUCCACUGAAUUUACAGUUAGAAUUGCUGGUUUGUAGUUUUUACAAAGUGACUUGAUUUGUAAACCUUUUACACUGAUGAGCAAGAUCUCAGAUUCUGUUAGAAACUACUGAUUUUUAAAGUGUUCAGGCAUUUUUGUCAUUUGAUUUCAUAUCACGUAAUGUCAUAUGAAAGGCAUAAACGGGGCCCACAGUGUUUAUAUAAAUAAUAAUAGUUGUACAGAUGAAGUGGCAUAGCUAAUGUAGCUAACAGACCUCGUGUUUGCUAGCUCAAACAGCGCUUUCAAGUUCCCUACAUAGCUCAUUAUUUUUCCUGUACUAAUACAUUACAUUUUCAGGGUUUUGUUUUUUAUGACCUGUUUGAAAUUGAUUCCUGGUGGUCAGCAUAAUUUCUUUCUGAUAAUUGUUUGGAACAUUAUUUUUUUCCUAAAGUUAUAUUGGAUAGACACCUCAUGGACUCUCUCCUUUUAUAGCUUUAAGUCAGAUGCAUUUGAUCUAAUUAUGUCUUU